UGGAGGUAGAGGUGGCGGAAGAGGAAGAGGAGGAGGACGUGGAGGAAUGAAAGGAGGGAGCAAGGUUGUUGUGGAGCCUCAUAGGCACGAGGGAGUGUUCAUUGCGAAGGGGAAGGAGGAUGCACUUGUUACUAAGAAUCUGGUACCUGGCGACUCUGUCUACAAUGAGAAAAGGAUUUCCGUUCAGAAUGAAGAUGUAACCAAGGUUGAGUACAGAGUAUGGAAAUCCUUUCCGUUCUAAGCUGGCCGCUGCAAUUCUUGGAGGCGUUGAUGAAAUUUGGAUUAAACCCGGCGCACGUGUUCUUUAUCUUGGUGUUGCGUCUGGAACAACUGUCUCACAUGUUUCUGACCUUAUUGGCCCUACUGGUGUUGUCUAUGCAGUUGAGUUUUCAAACAGAAGUGGUAGAGAUUUAGUGAACAUGGCAAAGAAACGUACUAAUGUUAUUCCCAUUAUUGAAGAUGCCCGACAUCCUGCUAAAUACAGGAUGUUAGUUGGAAUGGUUGAUAUCAUAUUUUCUGAUGUUGCUCAGCCUGAUCAGGCAAGGAUUCUAGCACUGAAUGCCUCCUACUUUUUGAAAGCAGAAGGGCAUUUUGUCAUAUCCAUAAAGGCUAAUUGCAUUGAUAGCACUGUACCUGCUGAGGCUGUAUUUGCACAAGAGGUUAAGAAGCUGCAAGCAGAUCAAUUCAAGCCAAGUGAACAGGUUACCCUUGAACCGUUUGAGCGUGAUCAUGCUUGUGUUGUUGGCGGUUACAGGAUGCCCAAGAAGCAAAAGCCAACUUCCUAGAUUAGCAGCAACGUCUUAUGUUGAACUCAAACUUUUGGAUUGCUUCAAGGCUUGUAUUGUCUUAUUUUUAUUUUGUGUUUUUUCUUAUCG